AUGUCCCAAUUCGACGCUUAUCUUGAAAGCUACUCCAAUGAUCAAUUCAAGGAGGGCUCUUCGCGCCAUGGUGGUCAACACCAGAACUCAAUCCCGGAAAUUAAACGAGAAAAUUUUGACGACUUUUUGAGCGGCUCGGCUGACAUAAAGCGACAAUUAUCGCAAUCAUUUAGUGGCAGUGGUGCUGGUGGUACUGGUGGUGGUAGUGGCAACAUUGGUUCUGGUGGAAUAACCGGCUCAGGUAAUAAUGCAGUGCACCAUGGUGGUAUCAGCAAACCUCAUUCUAGGCGUAAUUCGGCAUACAUAAGAUCUCAAGAAGGAAGUGAUGCUGAAGAUAACAAUGAUAAUGACGAUGAAGAAAACCAAGGAAAUGAAAGGAAAAGAAGAGACAAUAUCAACGAUAAAAUCCAAGAAUUGUUGACUUUAAUCCCAAGCGAGUUUUUUGAGAUUAAAGACGAACCCAAAGUGAAAACAGAAAGCAGCCCUUCAGAGAGAUCUCCCAACGAAGAUGACGUGAAUAACACCGUAAGUAAGACAGGAACAAAGGAUGGCAAGCCGAACAAAGGUCAGAUUUUGACCAAGGCUGUUGAAUACCUCCAAUCUUUGCAGAACUUGAUUGACGAAAAUAAUAGGAAAGAAGUAGAAUUGAUUAUGAAGUUGGAGACGCUCAAGUUGAAACAAAAGAAUCACGGUAUUGUUAAUGAUAGUGUGCCCAUAAGGAUAGGAUACACGAGUGCUGAGCGAGCAUUGGGUGAAAUUGGUGUGGGUCCGUGUUCUGAAGACUACUUUAAGAACAUUUUAGUGAAAAGCGCAAACGCAAGCAAGUCAUCAAGGAAGAAUUACAAUGGCUAG